AUGGUGGUGAAGGUCUGUGGCGAAGACACGGAGCCGUCGAUUACGUGCGCGAAAGUGCACGACCAUCCGACGCUCGUGCUCAUGCGACACGGCGAGAGCAUGUGGAACGACCUGAAGCUGUUUACGGGUGACGUGGACAUUCCGUUGACGGAGCGCGGCGUGAUGGAGGCCAUGGCGGGCGGGCGGUCCGUGGCGGAGAUCGACUUCGACAUGAUCUUCACGAGCCGCCUCGUGCGCUCCAAGCAGACGGCGCUGCUCGCCAUGACGCAGAGCGUGCACAAGGCGGUGCCGGUGAUCGUGCGCGGCGGCUACUACGGGCGGGGCAAGACGGGCGACGAGAACCGACUGCGACUGCGGGAGGCGGCGGCGCAGGCGCUGAAGCAGGCGGCGUGCCGCAUGAUCCCCGUGUACGCCGACCCGCGCCUCAACGAGCGCUGCUACGGCGACUUGCAGGGGUUGAACAAGGAGGCAGCAGCGAAGGAGUUCGGGCACGAGCAGGUGGCCAUCUGGCGGAGAAGCCACGACACGCGCCCGCCCAAGGGGGAGAGCCUGCUGGACACGUCGGAGCGCACUCUGGCUUUCUUCCUGUCAACGGUGGAGCCGCGGCUAGCGGAGGGCAAGAACGUGCUGGUGGUUGCGCAUGGCAAUGUGCUGCGUUGCAUCAUCUCGUACCUCUGCGACCUCACUGAGCUCGAGAUGCUGCGCCUGCAUAUAGGCACUCGGCACCCCUACUGCUUUGUGUUUGACAGUGAGGAGUACGAUCAGUGCUGCUCCCUGCCCCCCGUGGACCCCUUAACACAGCGUGCUUUCUCUCCUUCCAUCCCCUCACCCAUCCCCCCACACCAGAUCGGCACGGCACACCCCUACUGCUUUGCCUUUGACGGCGAGGAGUAUGCGCAGUGCUGCUCGCUGCCCCCCGUGGACCCCGUAACACAGCGGCCCCGCCAGAACGUGCCGGUGGGGCUCGUGUCCGCCCUCAAGUCAGCGCGCACAGAGGAUAUCGACUCGCUCAUCUAG